AUGGCGGUGGGCGUUCUUGUUCCUGAAGGGAGCAAAGCUGAGGACGAGGGAAGAGUAGAGUAUAUAGGUCAUGAAAAAGGCUUCUGCAUGAUGUGUACAUUGGAAGCUCACAUUAACCAGGCCCUGCGUCUCUCUAAUAAGGCUGUCAAACCCAUGUCUGUUAUCAAUGGCCUUAGAAGAAUAGGAAAGCAUUUCCGCUACGGCAGUCAAGAGGAUGCCCAUGAAUUCUUGUCCUUCACCAUUGACGCUUUGCAGAAAGCUUGCUUGAAUGGAAGCGCCACGUUGGACACAUCCUCUCAAGCCACCACACUUAUUUAUCAAAUAUUUGGAGGAUACCUAAGAUCCCAAGUAAAAUGCUUGAACUGCAAAGCCGUUUCUGAUGCGUAUGAACCAUUCCUCGAUAUCACUUUGGAUAUAGAGACCAUUACAUCUGUCACCGAGGCUCUGGAACAAUUGGUGAAACCUGAACAACUGGAUGGAGAAAACAGCUAUAAGUGUAGCAAGUGCGAAAACAUGGUUCCUGCCUCCAAGAAGUACACAAUACAUCACUCCUCCAAAGUUCUCACCAUAACGCUGAAAAGAUUUUCAGCUUUUACUGGUGGCAAGAUCAACAAGGAUGUAAAAUACCCUGAAUAUUUGGAUCUUCGAGCAUAUAUGUCCCAGUCAAUGGGAGAACCACUCAUCUAUUCUUUAUAUGCAGUUCUUGUUCAUUCUGGUUCCACCUGCAAUGCAGGACACUAUAUCUGCUUCAUAAAGGCCGGCAAUGGAUUUUGGUAUCAAAUGAAUGAUGCCAUAGUGGAGCGUUCUGAUACCGAAACGGUUCUCAAUCAGCAAGCUUAUUUACUUUUUUAUAUCAGGCGCUAUGAUUUGACACUUGGAGAACGUGGUUUUUACUUACCAGCACCGUCUUACCCCUGUUCAUUCCCUGGUCAACCGGGGUCUAAUAGUAAGCAGGCUGGAUUUAUGGGACCACAACUUCCUCCUCAUAUGAUUAAGAAUUCAAGUCGUUUAAAUGGAAAUGGACCCCUAAAAGAGGAUACAAAUCCUGUGAGUAUGGCAUUAAAAAGGCCAUCUUCCGCUCCACCAACAGCUUGCAUUCAAAACUGGGCAAUGACCAGGCCUUCAGCUCCAGAUCCAUCAAAAGCCCAGAAGAUCACUCGCAGUAUUCAGAACAAAUUGCCUGAGCACCAGCCUGUGUCACAACCUGGCUGUCUUGCCAGUGCUUUGGAGAAUGAGGAUCUCAGCAAGACCGUGCCUUCCUCCACAAUUACAGAUUCUUUCAGAGCAGAGUCUACCACAAAUGCAUCUACAGUGGCAGUUGCGGCUAACAUUUCCAAACAGGAAGUUCCUGAUGAAAUGUUUGUAGAGCCAGCAGUGAAUCUAAGUCCUGCACUCGGCUCCGAUGCUACAGUCCCUUCCAGUGCGGAGUCUUCAGGAAAAUCUGAGGCGUCGAACGGCGUGUUUAAAAUGAGCUACAAAAUAUCUUCCAAUGGAAUUGUGAUUUGGAAGGUGGUCGGCACAUUGCAGAAUUCCCAUUCUUUCUGUGAGAGUGCUGAAGAAGAGAGAUCCCAUCAUGAGCUGCCACAAAAUGAUUCACUAAAUGGUGCUAUUAGUUUAGAUAUUGGAUCUAAACAAAAUGGACUGAAACUUGAUGAUUUUGCUUGCCACGUCCAACCUGCUAAACCUUCUGAGGUCUUCUCGGCUAAAACAAAUGGAUUGCUUGAAGCAAUACCUGUAGCUGAGUCACCCAUUCCUCAAGAAAUAAUCUUAGAAUCCCUGGCCUACAACCACCUGAACAGGUCGUCAGAGAAAACAAGACUUCAGGAUUUGGAUGGCUUUGUGUUUCGCAUUGACAAUGACAAUGGCGAACGGGAGGCAAAAAAGAAGAAACACAUCAGGAAACUGAAAGACUUCUCGGAAUAUUUAGGUUCUCCUCUUGAGAAGACGACACAGGAGAAGAAGACAGUACCCAUUUUUUCAGGCAACUCUUUACGUGAGCAAUAUAGAAACCAGGGCAGUGAAGAACCCUACAAGGACAGGAAGCCUUCUGGGGGAUGUGACAACAAGAACUAUGGCUUCAUCCCAUCCAGUGAGUACAUGAAAGCGUAUCUUGCGACCCGGGAGAAGCAGACCGUCAGACCGCGGCGAAACACCGGGCACACGGCCCUGGGGGAACAGCGAGACCCCUGGGGUGUCACAAACUGCGGCCCUGGGCGGACACAGACCCGACGCCUGUGCGGAGAGAUGCAGACCCUGGGGCCGCUCUCGCUGCUCCCUACAACUUGCGGUCCCCGACAUCGGGGUGGCCAGGAGUGGCAGGAAGCGUUGCUGGGCUCCGACAGCGGGGAAUGA